AUGAAGGCCAAUCCAAGUGGGACAAAGCUAGUUGAGGAGUUCCCUCCAGGAGGUCUGUUGGAGGCUCGAGUAGGUUCUGUGUCCCGCGGUUUGUCCCGGGGAGUCUGUUUUGGACAGCCCAAUGGGCGAAGGUCAGGCCCGGGCAGGAUUCAGUCUGCGAAAAUCUCGCAGACUGUUACUGUGACAUGUGAGGAGGUGGAUGCGAGCUUUAGGCAAAGAUCUAAUGCUCCACCAGUACGCCCCCUCAUAUGUCCGGUACCUGCCCGGGUUACCAGACGACCCAUGGCCGCUCGUCCGCCGGUCCGGUCCUCAGAGGACAUCUGUUCAGCUCAGCCUGAGACUGGGUCCGCCGGUGCGACUGGCAGAGGUCCGCCAGAGGGCCGGCAGAGGGCAGGUCCCGGUCGCGCCCGCUCCUCUGGGGGUUGCUCCUGCUCCUCUGGGGGCUGCGCCCGCUCCUCUGGGGGUCGCGCCCGCUCCUCUGGCGGUCCCGGCCCUCAGCCAGUCGUGCCGUCGGCCGGUCCUCAGCAGGUGCUGCCAUCGGCCGCUCCGUUGCUGGUCCUGCCGACGGCAACUGCUGAGCAGGUUCAGCUCAGCCUGAGACUGGGUCCGCGGGUGCGACUGGCAGAGGGCCGGCAGAGGGCAGUUCCCGGUCGCGCCCGCUCCUCUGGGGGUUGCUCCCGCUCCUCUGGGGGUCGCGCUUGCUCCUCUGGCGGUUCCGCCCCUCAGCCGGUCGUGCCGUCAACCGGGCCUCAGCGGGUGCUGCCGUCGGCCGGUCCUUUGCCGGUCCUGCCGACGGCCGCUCCGUUGCUGGUCCUGUCGAUGGCCACUGCGACCCGCGACCGAUCCUGUGCAGGUCCCACCCGUGCCCGCGCUUCUGCCAGUCGCGCCCGCUCCUCUGCCGGUCCAGCCGGCUAUUCUGGCCGUCCAGCCCGCACCUGCUCCUCUGCUGGUAGCGCCCAUGCCUCUGGCGGCCCCGCCCCUCCGCUGUGUCUGCUGAUGGCCGGACCGUUGCCGGUUAUCUUCCCACCUGCUCCUCAGCAAGUCCCGCCAUGGACCGCUAAUCAGCAGGUCUUAACGUGGCCCGCUCCUCUGCCGGUUCCACCGUGGGCUGGUCCGGCCACUUCUCUCCUCUGUACUUCAGUAGCUCAACCUCCCUCUCCACAAGUGCAGCCAGCAGCAGCACGUGCGUCCCUCAAACGCCGUGCUGCUGCUAUGUCACAGCCACACACAUUUGAUGAGGGGGAGGUUGCAGCAAAAAAAGCCAGACUGCAAAAGAAGAAAAAAAGAGGAAGGAGAAGACGGGGGACGGCAAAGUCUAAAGCUCAACCUUCCUCUCCACAAGUGCAGGCAGCACCAGCAUGUGCGCCCCACAAGCGCCAUGCUGAUGCUAUGUCACAGGAGAUACAGACUAGAAAAAGGGCGAGAACUACGCCUCCAGCUCAAUCUUCCUCUCCACCAGGGCCUUCAUCUGUUCUUUCAGAGCAAAAAAGAAGAAAGAGACAGAAGAGAAGGCAAAGGCAAAGAAGAAAUCGGGCUAUUAAACGUGCAUUUCAAGCCCAGAGAAGUGCAUCUACUCCCCAGGCUUCGUCUAACGCUGCGGUCUCACAGCCUUCAAUAAGCAGUGCUAUGGAGAGAAAGCUGUUUGUUUUGUCCGUUCACAAAAAAUGA